AUACACAUCACAAAGAACAAAGCAAAACCAAGCCAAAAGCUUGGUUGGUAGUUACGUUCAUUAAUUUCUAUCGAAAAGUAGGAGAACCCUUUCCUUAUUUCCCACUAUAUCAGCCAGCCAACCCCAAUAUAUUUAUCUUCCCAUUAUUGCUCCCAAAAAUUUCAAUAUCUCUAUUCCGUUACACCGACCCACCAAAAGAAAAAGCUAAAAAAAUGGCCAAAACCGCAACCACUAUUGCUACUAUGUUCUUCUUGGUAACAGCAGCUCCAUCCUUUUACGGUGCGUGGGCGCAGGCCCCAACACAGGCACCGAUGGGGCCGAGUAUGGGGCCGAGCAUGGCGCCAGGGCCGUCGGGACCGGACUGCAUGACGCUGCUGCUGGGGAUGGCGGACUGCCUGUCGUACGUGCAGAUUGGGAGCAACCUAACGACGCCGGACAAGCCUUGUUGCCCUGAGCUGAAGUCACUUGUGGACACUAACCCUAUCUGUCUUUGUCAGCUUCUGGCUAAAGGUGGCAGCUCCGCCUUUCAGAUCGAUAUCAGUAGGGCUACAAAGCUUCCUUCCGUUUGUAAAGUGGAUACUCCACCUCCUAGCACCUGUUCCCUGAUCGGAAUACCGGUAGGAAGUCCAACUUCAUCAGAGGGUCCAAAUGCAGCAUCACCACCAGUGGGCGCAGAUGGUCUACCUUUAGAAGGAUCUCCUGCAGCUCCACCGACAUCAAAGAAAAAUGAUGGAAAUAGAGCUUCAACCUCCAUUGUGGCAGUGCUUCUUGGCUUUGCAACCAUAUUCUUUUCUUAUUGAUCCAUUUUAUUAUGUGCUUGUCAUCACUAUUUUAAUUAUUUAUUUCCAUUUGAAUCCAUUGUUGGACCACAUUCAUCACUUAUGUCUUGUACUAAGAAUAACAUUGCUAUAUAUGUGUAGGAUUUAUUAUAUAAUUUAUUAUUUUUCUAUUCUCAA